AUGCCCAGUAAUACCGAAGAAAGUGUCAAUGAUGACUAUUUGUUAAACUUGACAUAUCUUAAAAAUGUUUUAAGUGAUCUUUCUCUUAAAACAAUAGUGUAUCGAGCCACAGUUAUUACUUCAAAACUUAUCAAAGACCCAAGACUGAUUAGGAGAGCAAAAGCCAUGGAAAAGCAGAAUAAUACCACAGGUUUAUAUGAGAUUUUGCCAUUUGAGAAAAGUUCAGGUUAUGUUAAUUCAGAAAUAAACCUGUCACCCAUGCCAACUACUUCUGCCUCUUCACCUGAAGUGGUUCCUGAUAAUCAGGCUAUUCUUACUAAUUGUUUGGAUGCCCCUCGCUUCAAAAUGUCUUUUGAUGAUUCACAAUCUCAGGCCCACAGCAUGGACUCUAUGGACUACGAUUGUACACCUUCGAAUAAAGUGACCUUAACAGGACAAUGUAAGGACCAAGACAAUUUUUCCUUGCCAAUUCCUUUGUCAAAUGUAGUUUCAGAAUUUGAGAGCCAAAAACACAGUGAGGAAAAAGCCCAGAGAGGCCAACAGAGAAGCAACAUCCCACUUGUAAUUAAACAAAGCAGUGAGACACGUAACUCUUAUGGAUCAGUGAAUACUUGUACAAAAGAGUACAAUAGUCACACCUCUCAGAAAUUACAGUCUUCUAAUUUAAAAACUGCGUAUCAAACUGAUCACCAAAUGUCUACAGUUUUUCCUCUCCAAAAGAAAGAACACAUAGAUGAGCACAUUCAAAAUAUUGCAAAGAUGAGAAACUUCACUGACCCAGAAAACAAUUCCAAAUACGAAAAGAAGCAAACUUUAUGGAAAGAAACUGACAAUUAUUUUACUAAUGAAACAAAAGUCAGCCCACUAGAUAAUUAUAUUUCAUUGCACCAAGAAUACAAAAAGGGUGAGAAUCUUGAUUCUUUGGGGAAAAACUCUGAUAAAACAUUAAUUACUCAAGAGUUUGGAAUACCAGAAUCUUUCACAUCUGCCACAAAGGAUAAGGAUGAACUAGAUCAGCUAGCAUUGGAAUUACAAAAUAACCUUACUCCAAGUAUAGAGAACCUUUCACAAAAGCAUACUCAACACUCUUUGGAGUAUGAAGACAACUUUCAUACAGGUUUUGCCAUUGCUCAAAAGCUAGUGGAACUGAAAUUGGAAUAAACAAAUCAGAAUUAUUUUAGCAUCAUGACUGAUGCGUUCCAGGAAGCAAAAGACAUUCCCCAGGCCAAAGAACUGCUCAUUGAUACAGUUAUUUCACCUCAUGACAAUUCGAACUGCAGCAUAACUAGAGAACAUGUGUGUGUCCAUAGGAAAAAUGAAAAUGAGCCAGUGUCAUCGGAGAACAAUCAACAAGACUGCCAAGGAAUUCCUCACACUGAAGAUGAAGGUCAACAUGACAGUCUGUUCUGUAAUACACACUUGAACAGUGAUAUAUGCCUGAAUAUUAAUUUCAGAGAACAAGGAGAUAAGGAUAAAGAAAACCACAAUGAGGCUAAAGAGGAAAAUGGUGCUUCGUCUUCAGAAAACAACAUAGAAUUUAUAUACGGAGACGAGAAGCAGGAUUUUCAUACAAACAAAAAUUUCACCUGUGUAGACGAAAGCAAGAGGAAAAACUACAGCAAUGUAGGAAUUCUGAGUUCUGAAGAAUUUUCUACUACGUUUAACUCAAUGUGGGGAGAAAAAUACUUGCAGAAGAUAUAUGAUACUCUGGCUAAAGAUCUGAAUGAUGAACCAAUUUCCAGUAUUGGGCUUGAGGAAGAUGCUGUGAUUGCUUCCAGAAAGUUCCAGAAAGACAGAUGCGAAAUAUUAGAUCAAGCUCAACUUGCAGACAUUAAGAAACUACAAGAGCUCACUUUGAGAUGUACAGAUCACUUCGAAAUUUUAAAAAAAUACUUUCAGGUGCUGCAAGAAGAUAACAUAGCUAAUUCACUGCCAAGAGAAAAUGUAAUGGCUGCCCCUCGCAAAGAUUUAGGAAAAAUGGCCCAUAUUGUGAAAGUCAUGAAAACAAUCAAACUUACGAAGAUUAUAUGUGCUAAAAAUUCUACAUUAACCAUUUCCUUUAUCUUAUGUCAAAUGCAAUGCAAUAGAAGGAAGACUUUACAACGAAAGAGAAAAGAAAAGAUGAAUAUUCAUGUUAUAAACAUGAAUAGAGGAUCUCGUCCCCAAAGUGGAAAUGAAAUAGGAUCAAGUUCAUCUGACAAGCUGAAAAGAAACCAUGCAUCUCCAAAAAAGACUGAAAUGCAAAGAUCACUACCUGGCUCACUUUUACCUUUAAAGAACCUGAAAGACACGUACACAUCAAAGUCAGAAAACAAAAUAGAUACAACUGAUAUUUUGUCUGAUACGUCAGAACACUUCACUGGACAACAGGGAAAUUUAAAUAGCAUGAAGAAAAGAAAUGUGAAUUCUAGUGCUGCUGAAACAGAAUGUGAUAAAGACUGUAGUUCCUUUGUGAUUUGUGACCAGAAAAGUCUAGAUGACACUUUUUCCAAAGACCACGAAGCACCUUCACAUAAAUUUCCUAAAAAUUCCCCAGAUCCUGGACAGAAAUCUUGUCUUUCAGACAUAAAACCAGGAACCGAUCCUUCUCUUGAGCUUAGUGCAUCCGUGUGUUCAAAGCCUGUUUUCUGUUCUGUGAGGGAUGUCCAUACCAACCUAGAAAUGAAUGGCACAGUCCUUGAACUUCAAGAUAAUGAAACAUUAAAUUCAUCUAUUAAAUAUUCCACAUUCAUCAAUUCUCCGGAACCCGUAGUUAUCCAGAAUAAAAUAUCUGUGCUGCAAAUAAAUAAAGCACAGCUUGCAAAAACUGAGUCUGAGGAAAAACAUAAGAAGGAUACAUUGGAUUCCAGUAUUAUAUCUUUUGGAGCAUCUGGGAGCACAACACUUAAUGUGAAUCAAACAGCACAAUACUCUUUUUCUGAACAGCAGGAUCAUGAAACUUCCAAAUUUCUAACUCAGAAUGCUGCCACAUAUUGGAAUGACCAGGCGCAGUCUGCAUGCACCCCAAUAUAUAAUUCUUCUGAGCGUUCAUUUGGAACUUCAUAUCCACACUAUGCUUGGUGUGUUUAUCAUUACAGCAACAGCGGCAGCAAUGCCAUAACCCAGACAUGCCAAUGGAUGACAUUGCAUGAAGUGCAGCCACCACCUGGGAUGCUGACUACAGUUGUAAGCACUGUCCAGAACACACCUUCCAAUCUUCCACACACUCAGUGUUUUGGUUACACUUCUGGGGAGCCACAAGCAAAUGACUUUGUGCCAGUGAAUGGGUAUUUUCAAUCUCAGAUCCCUAUUUCUUAUAAUUUUCUGCAGCCCAUUUUUUCACAUUAUGCAUCUCCUGAAUCAUUACCAGAAGCUGCAUACUCUUACCCUCCUAAUCCAGGUGUGUUGCCAGAAGUUCCUCAGAUAUAUGGAGAGUUUCACAAGUUUUAA